AUGAACGAGGGAGUUUUGAGCAUCUCAAUUAAUGACAAAGGGAUUGGUUCAUUUCCUCCUCAGAGAGAAGAGAUCAAGAAGUUGUCAGAGACACAAAUAGAAAUGGACAGAGCACAGCCACAAAUUCAUCAGAGAAAACAAUCUCCUUUGAAGGAACUGCAUGAUGUGAUCUCUCAUAACAUUGAUGAGAGAGCUGAGGAGCAAAAUGAUGAGGGUAAGAACAAAUUCAAUGAAUGUGAAGAAGAGGCCUCUAUGGAACAGGUUUUUAAUAAUGUGGUCAAAGAAGCAGACAUCUCACCAAGAUCAAAGCAGCAAAUCUACAAGAAAGGAAAGAAACAAGUAAAUACAGAUACUCUUCCUGUAAGAGUGGUACCAAGGAGAGGUUCUUUAAUGGAGCCUUUUCAACACUACAGGCAGAUUCAGGCAUAUAGGAGGAUAUUAGGCAUGACAUAUGCCCAUUACAACUGUAAUGGUAAAGUAUGGUUCUUUGUACAAGAUCAUGUAGAUGUGGAGAUACUGCAAGAUCAAGAACAACAAAUUACUAUAAAGCUUUUCUUCCAAGAAUGGGAUAAGUCUCUUAUGGUAUCCAUGGUCUAUGCAAAGUGUGAUCAUCUAGAAAGAAUGAGUUUAUGGGAUAGCCUGUAUGGUUUGGCUGAUCAAAUGGAAAUUCCUUGGUUGGUAGGAGGUGACUUCAAUGUCAUUAUGCAUGAAGAUGAGAAGAUUGGUGGCUUACCUGUUUUCCCCAUAGAAUAUGAGGAUUUUGCCUUCUGUAUCAACUCAUGUGAGCUAUAUGAAAUAAACUACAAAGGGAGUCUGUUUACUUGGUGGAAUGGGAGGACAGGAAGUGACUCAUGGAUCACUGACUUUGAAGGAGAUGAGUUUAUCAAAUUCAAGCUGAAACUAAAAAAUGUGAAACCUGUCUUGACUGUUUGGAGUAAGGCCACUUUUGGUGAUAUUUUUAAACAACUAACAGUAAGGGAAGAGGUAGUGAAAAUUAAGGAGCAAUGUUUUGAAGAAAAUCCAACUCCUGUGAAUAGAAUGUUCUCUCAACAACUUCCAGCUCUAGAUUACCAAAUGCUACAUCAAGUUCCUCAUAUGGUGGACCAGGAUACAAAUGAUCAACUGAUAAGAAUAUCAACAUUACAGGAAGUGAAGAAGGCUGUUUUUGCCUUGGCUGCAGAGAGUGCUGCUGGGCCAGAUGGGAUGAGUGGAAUCUUUUAUCAGACAUGUUGGGAUAUUGUUGGUGUUAGUGUACAUAAUUUGGUGAAAGCUUUCUUUCAUGGACAAACUCUUCCAAAGGCAGUCACACAUACCAACCUUGUACUGAUACCAAAAAAAAACAACAUAGAAACCUUUGCUGAUAUGAGACCAAUCAGUCUCAGCAACUUCAUCAACAAGGUGAUCUCUAGAGUGGUUCAAGAGAAGUUGGAAGGCAUCCUACCUUCUCUAAUAUCUCCUAAUCAGUCUGGGUUUGUUAGAGGCAGAAGCAUCAUUGAAAAUGUCCUACUUACUUAA